AUGUCGGUUUUAAAGGUAUCGUGGAUAAUAGUUGUAUUAUCCGUCAUUACUAAAGCGGAAUAUAACUUGGACAGUAUUAUUGAUCCAAAUAUAUACGUCGAGCCCCAUGGCGAAGCACCAUCUGAAACCCGUAUUAUUGGAGGGAGUGAGGCGACCCCAAAUUCCUUUCCUUACCAAGUGGCUUUAUUUAUUGAAUUUCCUCAUGGAAGAUCAUUUUGCGGUGGUUCAUUAAUAUCAAAUAACUAUGUACUAACUGCAGCUCAUUGUAUGGACAAAGCAAAGGCUGUAGAUGUACUGCUUGGAGCCCAUGAUAUUCGUAAAAAUGAAUCAACGCAAUUACGUCUUUCGUGCGAUAGUAUUACUGUGCAUCCAAAUUGGAAUUAUGAAAAGCUGGAAAAUGACAUUGCUCUGAUAAAACUUCCUCACUCAGUUUCUUACAAUACAUAUGUAAACAAAAUCGAUCUGAGUAAUACCGGCACCUUUACGGAAUCCCUGGCGACUUUAACUGGAUGGGGUAAAACUACAGAUUAUUCUAAGGUAUCAGAAGUUCUAAACCAAGUAAACCUGCCUGUUCUUGAUAAUUCAGACUGCACGAAUUAUUAUGAAAAUCUGAUCCAAUCGACGCAUGUGUGCACAUCAGGAGCAGAAAUUAAAGGUGGCUGCAAUGGAGAUUCUGGUGGUCCAUUGGUUCUUGAAAAUCAACAAAUUGGAAUUGUGUCCUUUGGUUCAAAUAGAUGCACCAAAGGUUAUCCAACAGUUUUUACGAGAGUUUCGGAGUUUAAAGAUUGGAUUUCCAAAAACUCCGAUGUCUUAUAUGAAUAAUUUGUUAGUUAAAAUUUAAGCCUAUUAAAUACAGGAUAUUUUGAUUUUGAUUUUUUUUAUUUGAUACCAUAAUUUAGUAACAUAUACUGAGAUGACCGACCUAUAUAAAAAUAAACAUAUUCCUUUAAAAUAAGUACAUUCAGUUUUAAAACACUUUGUAUAUGUCGCAGGCGUAUAGAAUAAUCCGGCUGUUUGCAAAAAGACUAGGCAUAUUACAAAACGCCGGCUUUUUAAUUUA